AUGAAGAAGCUGAAGGUGAAGUCGGGGGCAUUGAAGGCGGUGAACCCGUCAGACAUCUACCGCAAGAGUCAGCGCGACAAGGAGAAGCGGAAGAACAAAAUGGACAGGCGCCACAACCGCGAGCUGUCCAUACUGAAGAGAAAUCCGCGCGUGAUCAAGGAAGAACUCGACAAACUCUGUGAACUGGAGAAGACAAACGUCCUGCGCGACAGCCAGAAGAAGCGGAAACAGAAACUUCAGCAGCUGUGGGAUAUCGCCGUUCAGUCCGUCGAGGCGGAGAGGCGCGCGAGGAAGGCCGAGCUCCAGAUGGAGGAACCCUUUGGCGAGGAAGCGGAACAAGAGAAGGAGGAGGAAGAGAAGCCGCUCUCGUCGCGUGAACAGCGAAAUCUGAUAAACAUCGGGGCACAUCGCGAUCCCCGACGAAGAGGGGUGCCUGUAGAACAGCGCUUUGAUGACGAAUUCAUCCUCAAACUCGACCAAGAACAACGGCGAUACUACAACCCUGCUCUUUGCAACGCCGGCAUCUUCAGACACCCCGACGGCAGUCUCCGAGGUUAUCCGCCCACCGUUCGCCAGGGCGCCUUCGACAUGCGGCGACAGUACUUUGAGAGUUUGGAGAACGAGCAGCGCAAGAAGGACGGCGCCUCGAGUUCCAGCGAGGAAGACAGCGAGGACUGGAGCGACGUGCCAGACAGUGAAAAGGCAAAAGAGGGGGGAACAGCUUCAGGGGAGGACGGAGAGGAAGAAGACGAUCUCCUCGCAUCCAUUCCUCUCCCUGACGAACUCCCCCCAGGGUUAUCUGCAGAGCCAGCUAGCGUGCCUGAAGCCGCGGCGUCUGCAGGCGCGGCGCAGACUUCUCCAGUCGGGUGUCAGGGGACUGGGCCUCAGGAGACAUCGACAGUCUCCCCUUUCAUCUUUCCGACGCCGUUCUCGGACAACGCGUCAGGCGCACCUGCGCAAGGAAACGGCACAGCCCCCACCGGCGGCGCAUUGCCUUUCGUUUUCCCUUUCCCUCCCCCGCCUCCGCCGCCGUUCAUGUUUCCUCCUCCCCCCAUUCCCUUCAUGCCGCGCCCUCGCCAGCCGGACGCAUCGCCUGACUCUCAGCAGGCGCCGAGCGCGUCCGGCCCCGCUGCGCCUCCUUCUCCCUUUUCUGGUCAAAACUCGUCGGUCUCUCCGGGAGCGAGGCCAGCUCCGCCGUCGGCGUCUUCCUCUUCGCCUGCUAUCUGGAAAGUAACGAAUCAGCCGAGCACGCGAGAAGUCCGGGCAAGUCCGUACACGCCUCCAGAGACAAAGCCUGCCUUGCCGAAGGCCGCCGUCGCUUUUGUCCCCACGCAGUUGAGAACAAAGAACAAACCGUCUCCUACUGCGCCUCCGCGCCUGUCGCUGCAACAAGUUUCGGCUUACUCUACAGGCCUGGGAAACGCGCACCAGAGCCGCUGGGUUGGAGCGAAGGCCGAAGAGACAGGAUCUUCCCACGCAAAGCCUGGAAGCGUCGCAAGCUUCUUCGCGAAAAAACCCGCUGCUGGACCAACCUCUCUCGGAACAGACUCACGAGGGAAGGGCCAGGGACAGGCUGGAAACGCCGGCGUCGAUGCCUCCAAAAACCUCGAUGACCUCUUCAACGAUUUCCUGCGCGAAGUCGGAGAGACGUGA